CAUGCGUUCAUAUGGCGAACGAAGCGGUUAUGCCGUUGUUAUGUCAUCUGUCUUUUUUUCCUGCCUUUCCAGUGCAGUCAGCUGGCCUGGAGCUGGCUACAAAUGCGUUCCUUCGCAUUCUUGCGCGAGUGGUUGUUCGCUUGUGCUUGCGUAAUGCCAGACCGCUGCGCGUAAGUGCUGAUAACGCGGGAAAAUGCAACCCAGCGCUGUGAAUUACCUGAGCGGGACACUUCUGAAGUUAUGAUCGUCUAGUGCCCUUGCUCACAGCUGUAAACUCGCCCCGUCGGCGAAAGCAGCGAAAUGCCUACGAACCGGCCGUCUUCCGAAACUGAAUGUGGAGACGAAGGUCCGCCUUCGCCAAGAGAUCUUGGAAAUAAACUGAGGCGCACACGCAAUCUUGUUGGCUUUUGGUUGUUGGGACUGUGUAACAACUAUGCAUAUGUCGUCAUGCUCAGCGCUGCAUUCGACAUCCUCAACAAGGAAGUCAGCCCACACAGUGUCACGGUAGAUCCGCAUCCACCGAACAAUACAAGAUGCAAUCCGACAUCUACUGGAGCUAUCCUUCUUGCGGAUAUCUUGCCAGCACUUUUUAUCAAGCUCACUGCCCCUUUCUUCAACAUAAAUACAAGCGUUCAAGUUGCGACGGUUGUCCUGCUUUCCUGCUCAAGUUUUUUAAUGACCUCUUUUACUAUAGCCAAAUGGAUGUCCUUUCUCGGUGUUGUGUGUGCCGCCCUUGGGAGUGGUCUGGGCGAGAUAACAUUCCUUGCCUACUCUUCUCACUUUGAUACGGAUGUGAUAUCGACAUGGUCAUCAGGCACAGGUGGCGCGGGCGUACUUGGUGCUUUUUCUUACGCGGCCAUGGCAUCAGUCCUGACGCCAGAGACAACUCUACUCGUUAUGCUUUGUGUGCCAGUACUGCUUGCAAUCAGCUUCUGGGGAAUCCUGGUGCACCCGAAGAAGGAUUCGCGGCGGCCCGUCGCCAUUCCUGACGAAGAGCCUCUCCUUCUGAGUUGUAGUGGCUGCUCCGAAGAAGAGGAGGGCACACUCACUUUUGUGCAAAAACUCAAGCUCAUGAAGCCACUGCUGAAAUUCAUGAUUCCUCUUGGGUUUGUCUACUUUGCUGAAUACUUCAUGAACCAGGGGUUGCUCGAGCUAAUCGUGUUUAGAAACAUAACGCUUACUCACAAGGAGCAAUACAGAUGGCUCCAAGUUAUGUACCAAGUCGGUGUGCUCAUUUCUCGGUCUUCCGUGAAUAUUGUGCAAAUACGAAAGCUGUGGCUGCUCCCAAUAUUGCAAUUUGCCAAUGUGGCCUUCAUCUUUUCGGAGGCCUACUCCCUCUACCUGCCGAGCUUCUGGAUCGUAGUUGUGGUCGUCCUGUACGAAGGUCUCCUAGGAGGCGCUGCCUACGUUAACACAUUCUACCGUAUUUCGAAAGACGUGGCACCUCAGCACCGUGAAUUUUCUCUGCGCAUUGCGUCACUGGCAGACAGCACGGGCAUCGCCCUGGCAGGAGCAGUCGCGCUGCCAGUUCACGACGCAAUGUGCCUCUUGAAAUACUGACUCAAGGAUUACCGGCAACACUGCUGUCUUUGUCGUGUUAAUAAGUGCACAGCAAACAUGAAGGGCACGCUAACAGCCAUAAGGUGAACAGUACUAUUCCUGAUAGACGGGCAACUUUAGGCUAAUGUGACCGUUAUAAUUGCUAUACAGAGUUGACGCAGUUACACAUAAGGCUAAAUGGCAAAUUUAACACUAACCACAGUACCUCUGACCGAUCUUAGCUACAUAUAUUGACAUGGGUUUUGCAAGCAAUCAAAAUCACAUACACUGCAUCACCAAAAUGCAGCUUGGGCUCUUCAUCAUAACUAUGUGAUUUAAUUACUCAAAAAUGCCAUUUUCUAUAAAAUAACUGUGAAAUUAUUUGGAAAAAUGAUUUAAAAUAAGCAGUGUAGCUUACGAAUACAGUAGCUUUUGUAAAGCCAUUUUUGGAGCACAAUAGCAAAGUUAUAAUUAUACCGCAUGCAUUGUUUGUUUUCAUUGUACAUGAGAUUACAUGAAACAGCAUUGCAUUAAUAACCUUGAACAGUAUAGAUUGCCACUCUAGUAGAUUACGAUUGCCAUUAAUCACCGUUGUGCUCGCCGUUUAAUUAGAGUACACUUAAGUUGUAGCAGCACGAAUGACACAAACAACAUUAAUACAUAUUGUUUGUGUAAUUGUCUUCAAAUCUUCAUGCUCAUCAUUUUGACUGUAAGCGUGUCCUUCAACGUAUGCAAGUUAGGACAGAACAUAAGUUUUUUUCUGGUACCGGCACUGAAGCUUCAGCAUUAGCAGAGUUGUAGAAGUUGACAGUGUAAAUCGUGUCUUUAUCUUUGUUGUGCUACCUGGUUACACGCGCAGAAAACGGAAUCUAACAGGAGAUCUUGCACAACUGAUGGCAGUUAUGAGGUUUUGCUGUACUGUGUAGAGGGUGUUCGACCAUGCUGUGUCGUGCUUCUACAUUGAGCAUAGAAACAAAAUACUCUGCAGACGGCUCUCGAGCAGGAAUGCUGUAACGGGGUCGCCCUUGGUAGAGGACAGCCGACGUGAGAUUGAUUGGGCAACUGUUCGACUUGGCUGACACACCGUCUUUCACAGGUUAACGAAAAUGUGUGCGAAUGGUCAUUUAAAACAGCCACUGCUCUUCACGAAUGCACUGUACUAGCUGCAGUUAAAAUGUGAUGGGUGUCAGCAAAGUACGUACAGUUGCUUUAGCCCGAGUGACCACAACUUAUUGCAUUGGUGGAAUAUAUUUAAUACUUUAUGCAGAGAUUUUAUUUUAUUUAGCUUCUUUGCAUACUCAGAGGCUCAAUAAUGUGUUAAAAUGUGAUGUGUGUUAGCAAAGUACACACAGUCCUUUAUCCAGAGUGGUCAUGGCUUAUUGCAUUGAUCGAAUAUAAUAUUUUAUGCAGAGAUUUUAUUUUAUUUAGUUUUUUUCAUACUCGCAGGCCUAACAAUGUGAGUGCUCUUCAGGCGGCACUUAUUUUCCAGAUACUAUUUUAAUAUGCCUUUCGAGUUUUCACAGCUGUGUCCUAUUUAUACACAGUCUAUUUUAUUUUUCUGUUAUUGUUUUAUAUUACAUUGCCAAUGAACUUUCAAGACUAUUUUCAAUUCCUCGCACUGUGAAAAAGAGCAGUGACAACGCGUUACCGCACCUUUCAAAGCAGUGGGUCGGCUCUUUUUUUUCACUCAGUGUACAGGCCAGUUAAAAUGUGUGCCCAGUAACAAAGGAGCCAGUCUCGUGUGGUGUACCAAAUACAGUUUGUGCUAAUGCCAAAGCUUGGUCAAUCCUGUGAAGGCCUUUUUUGUGUGUGGCUUGCCAGGAAAAGAAAGACUGGAUUACACCACAGCUUUGGCUUGCUGUUACUCAAAUAGCACAACGCUGUGUUGGUUGUGUAUACAUUAUAAAAAAAGUAGCAAGUCUUAAUUUUUAGUUAUGUGCCCAGGCCCAUAAAAUGUAGCUUUGUGUUUUUUUUCUUCUUUCAAGUCUGUAUUUUCUAGGCUUUUCAUACCAACUGCACAUUUUCCCAAAAACGGUAUGCUGUACUUAUUUGUCGCACCAGGUGUAAGUUUCUUGGUUCAAUUUUACGGUCACCGUUGUUUGUGUUUUCAUUGCAUGGCUGUGGUGAUGUAUGACAAUAGCCACAUUUUGACAUGCCAUAAUUAAAAAAAAAUUUUAUCAACUGCAUGUGCAAGUGGCGGCAUGACUUCUACAUGGACUAUUUCUUGUAUACAGUACUGUACACUCUUAAACGGCAUACUGAAGCGCUAUUUUAGUGGUGGCCAUUGCUCAAUGUCGUGUAUUAUACUUCAGCAAUAAUUUUUUACCGGUACAUUUAUAUAGGUCAUAAUGCGCCACAUCAAACACCCUUUUUUUUUUUCGGUAACAUUGAUGAUGCAUCAGAGGUAAUUCCAGCUCGGGAAUGCCAAUUGCACAUUUUCUUUAAGAGUGGACAUUGCUGUAUGUGUGUUUGUUUUGUGUUUUAUGUGCUUCUGAAUAUCCGGUGACACGAGUAUUAAUGUAGCAAGCUUGUAUGUGAUGGCGGUAACAUCUAUUUACACCACUUGAUCAGGCCAUAAGAAAUUAAUGAGGCCAUUGUACGCAUACAUUGUCUUGAGUUAUUUUUAAUUGUAAUUUUUCAUUGGUCUAGUAGUGCCUUGUUGAAAUACUAUCGCUGCAACACGUGCUAACAUGUGUUAUUAUAGCCCAACGUGUGCAUCUUUUAAUAAUAUUGUUAGUAUAUGUGACCUGAAAGGUAUUGGUGCAUUAUACUAACUGCACAUUUUAACCAGGAGCUCAAUCAAGCCAUGGUUUGCCUUUAUGCCUUACACUUUUUGAUAGUGUUUACUGUGGCAAUGGCUUCCAGCAUCAGUGCGAGUGAUAUUUAAUUGUCAGAGAUUAUGGCUGUGUUGUAUAGUCGAGUCGUGCCAAGAGAGAUGCGUUUUUUUCUUGUUCAUUAAUUUCACUCUGUUGCUUUUGGAGAACUACUAGAUUUACAAAAAAUAACCAGGGUUUUUUUUUUUUUCAUGCUAUAUAAUAUAGGAAAUCAUGAAAUAGACCUCCCAUUCUAGUAUCUUUGCAGUUAAAACACAGCCAUGAAUGGCCGAAAGUUAGGUUUGGCGGCGACCUUGGGAAAUUCGAAUGUUGAAAAAAGCAUUGGCUUGCACGAAAAAUAUUUAGUUCAGAGGCUAGGUAUUAGGAGAGGCCUUUAGUCCUGCUGUGGCCUUAGAAUAGGCCGACGGUCUUAAAUAGCCGCUACACAAAUUUUUAUACUGUUGUGUCUUAUAAAUAAUCUCCGACUAUUUUUGGGUCCAUUACCUUGCCCAGUCCAUAUUGUGUGGUUGGCUUUUUGAAUCGUUAUGUCUUCUCCUACUUUAAUAUGAGAAGCUACGAAGUUCUGAUUGUUGACACCGUUUAGUGCCUUCCAGGUGCUUCAAGAAUGACACUGAUUGACAAUUGCGUUUAGGAUGAACUGGAAUGAUUACUUUUAAUUAUUGCUAAUCUCUUGUCACUUGCUAUUUGAAGCAAGUUUUGACGUUUCUACUGUGUCAAAAUGUGUGUUAGCCCAGAACUCCAAACAGUUUGCAUGGGAAGAGAACGCCGUAAGAAAUCCAAGAUGUUUGAGCCUGUUUAUUUUAUUAUUUACAUAGCAGGCAUUUGCCCUAUUGUGCUUGUGAUUAAAUUAAUAAUACACCAUCCAA